GAAUAUUAAUAGAAGAUCUAAGCCGCCUAAACUGUCACUUGUUAAUAAAGCCUUGGAACUUGGAACUGAUUUAUCUUUGUUGGCUAAACGCACUUCAUUUAUUUCGCAUCGAAGAACGAGCAUCGAAAAAAGUUGAUAUAGCAUAAAUUUGCCCUACAUUCGGAGCCGCGUUUGUUUAUUGCAAUAAUAAACUCAGUUGCAAAACUAUAUUCGCUUGUUCGAGUUUUAUGCGUUUUAACUACCUUGACCUCGAAACCAGUUAAAAAAAAUCUGUUGAAAAAGACGAAGACGGACAAUGCCUGCGAAUUUCGGACCCGCAAACGAAAGGCUCAAUGAGCCCUGCUUGGAAACUGGUGAUGAACUAGUUACCUGUCCAUAUGACCCCAGUCAUCGCCUACGUCCAACUCGUUAUCAUUUGCAUCUCAAGAAAUGUGCAGUGCAGCACCCUGAAAAGCAAUAUCAUAUUUGCAAUUUAAAUUUUACGCAUCAUGUUCCUCCUGAAAAAAUAAAGGAGCAUAUGAGAAGCUGUCCUGAUAGACAUAAGGUUGAUUCUUUUAUCUACACAACUGAGAAUGUACGAAGACAGGUUUCUGCACCUGUGGUAGUUGAAGAACCUGCAGAAAGCUGGGAUGAUGAAGACUGUCCUACUUAUGAUCCUAUGAAGGCUAAUGAGAACAAUCCUGUUCUUCUUUGCCUCAAAGGUGCAUCAAGAUCUGAAAGGAAAAAUUUUCAAACCCAGCAGAGAAUUAGAAACAGUCGUCUUCUGAAUGGGGAUCCCCCAUUGUAAGGCUAGUUGCUGUUACUAUCUAUUAACUCCUUAUCUAU